CCGAAAAGCCCAUUGGUCGCCCAAACCCACAGCCGCAUGCCCCCGCCUCCUUCCUCCCUCACUCGUCUCAGCCGCACGAACCCUAGCCGCCGCCCCACCCGCAUCCGUCCUCCAUCCCUGGUACGAGCUCUUCCUCCUCUGUCUAUGUCUGCCCCGAGCUCUUCCUCCUCCGUCCUCACAUGCUCCACCCCGAGUCUCUUCCACCCCACCCGGACUUCGCCUCAUCCGUUCGCGCACCAGUUCAAAGGGCAGGGCCAGAGAGCCGUGGCGAGUCCUUGGGAGAGGAGAGGAAGGCAAAGGCGGAGCAGAGGAAAUCAAGAAGGUCAGGGGGCGAUGGAGGGAGCGCACGGCCGAACGAACCCUAGCCGGCUAGCCCCCAACCCGCAGCUCCCUCCUUCCCGCAGCCCCAGGAGCUCCGCCACCGCAUUCGACGAGAUCCACCGCCUCCCCAAGGUCCUUAUCCACCCCAGGUCGCGAGGAAGCCGCGGAAGGAGGAGAUCAGCUGGGCGUCACCGGCCGGAGAAGGAGGAGAGGCGCGGAUGCCAGCCAAGGAGGCAGAUCGGCUUGCCUCUACUGCACCGUGAGUGUAGCCGCUGCCUCUGCACCCACCUUGCUCGGCCAUCAUGGGAGGACGCUCACCAUCGAAGAGCAGCCGCAGGUGCGACAACAUUACAAGAGCUGCAGCCAGUAGGAGGUGAUGAUGCGUCGCCCCAUUGAAAAGAGCAGGGCGGCGGAUUGGAUCGAGGGUGCCUGCAUGGCCACGCCACUGCUGCCGCCUGGAGUCGCCUUGGGCGCCGCUUCGAGUGACCUCCAUCCCCGCCCCGAGUCAACUCCACCACUGCCGCCAGGAAUCCCGUCCCCGGGAGUGAGUCAAGUGACAUACAGACACAAGAAAUAUUCAGUUAUGAGGAUUGAAGAAAUUAAUGAUCAUUCAGUCAUUGAGGAUUUGAGAAGAGACAUCAAUGCUCCAGUAGAGGUGUUAUUGAAGUUGUGGCUGUCAAUAGUCCUUUUAUUGAUGCUAAGUACAUGGUGCAAUGACAAAAAUCAUCCAGUGGGAUGUUCUACUGCAUCGGAAUUUGACAAAUUUAAUUCUGCCAUUAUAUUCUUUCCUUCACUGCUCAAGUUAACACCCCCUCCUCCCAUUUGUUGGUGGCCCCUUUAA